AUGCCAAGCGAUUUUUAUCAGUUAUCACCCAUGUCCCCAAGUGUAGUGUUCGAUUGUGGCGCUGGUGAGACCAGAGUGGGGCUCUCCCACGAUGCCACACCCAUCGUUUUCCCAACACUUGUCGGUGAAAUUCGACCCAUCAAUGGGUACAUCCACAAUUACGAUCAACUGAAAAAAAUCUGGGAAUGGGGUUUUGAGCGGUUGAAAGUGCCCCCAGAGGAUCACCCCGUUGUGCUCACCAAACCUUAUUUCCCCUGCACCAAAGCAACCAAUGAAAAAAUGGCCCAAAUCAUGUUUGAGGACUUCAAAAUCCCAGCGUUGCAUUUAAAUUACCCCUCGGUUUUGUCACUGUACAGUUACGGAUCCCUGACGGGAUUAAUCCUCCAAUCGGGGUACUGCGAAUCCCAGGUUUACCCCAUCUACGAGGGACACAUCUUGGAAAGGGCAAUCUCACGGGGGCUUCCCGUGGCGGGCCACUACCUAACUGAGUUCCUCCAAGACACGCUCGCAAAAGGGGGCUGUCGGUGCGACUACGACACCGCAAAUGCAAUCAAAGAGAAGGCUUGUUUCUUAUCACUGGAUUUGAACACCGAAAAAGUGACCAAAGAGGAGUUUGGGAAUAAAAUAAUACUCGGAAAAGAGAAGUUUUUAAUCCCGGAGGAGUUGUACCACUCCUCGAUCGAGUAUAACAGUCUUCAUGAGUUUAUUUUUCACACUUUGGGGCGCUGUGACCCCCAAUUGCGCCCCAUUUUGGCCAAAAACAUUGUGUUGGCGGGGGGCAACACCUUGCUGCGGGGGUUUAGCGAACGACUGGGACAAGAACUACGCAAGGACAUGUCCGAAUACAAGUUUAUGUCGGGCUGCGCCCCCCGAGUUGUCUCACCACCAAAUCGCCAAAACUCGGCGUGGAUGGGGGGCUCAAUCCUCGCAGGGCUACCAACGUUUCCCGACAUGUGCAUGACACGGGAUGAGUACGAGGAAUAUGGCCCCUCUUUAGUCCACACAAAAUUCUUUUAAUUAAUUAAAUUUUACAAAAUCAAAAAAAAAUCUGUUGGCAACAUUGAAUUAUUGGUAAUCCUAAUUUGUUAUAUCACUUGUGAAAAGAGAAAAAAAUCUUGGGAAUAUUCCUUUGGUUGGCAACCCUGGAGUAUGUCCACAAU